UAAAAUCAGCAUUUUACUGUUGGGCUAAGGGUUUCUCAAGUUCUAUACCAUAAUCAAACUUGUCGGACUUGAAAUUUGAAAAACGUGUUGGGUGAUGAUUUGAAGAUUUUUCUCUCCACAAGUCACCAUCAUAUUCGAUCACCAGAUGGCGGAUAAGCUCCUAACAAGUGAGGCAAUAGCUCUUACAGAGAAGAAAAUGGAUAUGUCAUUAGAUGACAUCAUCAAAAUGUCCAAGACUCGUGCUGUGAAGCCGAACAAACACAGAGUUUCUAAUAAGGGUCAGAAAUCGUUCAACAAUGCUUCCCAAGAUAAAGGUUUGAAAGUCAAAAGGUUUAUGGACACAAGAACUUCCCUCAGACAGGGUGCCCUUGCUCAGAGGAGGUCAAACUUUCAGGGAAAUCACUUCCCUUUGGCAUCUGAAGCUGCUAAAAAGGCUGCUGUUGCUCCUAUUCGAAGCAGAGCUUCAAAUUGGAGCAGGCCAUUCAAUGUUAAUAAAUCAAGGACUGGGGCCUCGACUUUCAAGAAUAAUGCUGCAACUGGAUCUGGCUUCAUUGUGAAGAAACCACAACAAAAACCAGCGCAGCAAGCCUCUCUGAGCCCCAAACAGAAGCCUCAAACCUUGGACUCGCUAUUUGCUAACAUGAAAGAAGAAAGAAUGAGGGUCUUGUCUCGACAGAGUAACGACUCAAGAAGAAAGGGAAGGAGCCAGCUCGGAGUGCCAUGGGCGAGAGGAUAUUAUAACCAACACUAGUAGCUCCUAGAUUGCUUUAGAGACGUAUAGUUGGUUAGCCUGAUGUUUUUUUGUGAAGCUAAGGCUUUUACUUGGGAUAUAUACAUACUAAAACGGAGUGCUCGCUCUUA